UUGGAGUUCGAGCAACUGGUUUUGGCGAUUUGGCCUUCACAACAUGAUUGUCUGGAUGAAGUUCUGGUUCAGUGUCAGUCAAUGGUUUUUCAGUCAAUAAUUCAUUCGCGUAAAUCGAUCCUUUUCGAAUUGGCUUAUGAACCGAUGGCAUUUUCUUCUCUGAAACGCAUCAAGAAUGAAAUCAACACUUCUAAUACUACUGUUAUCAAUCAAACAAGGCUCUUCUCAAAUAAAUCUCGGAUCAUUCUUUCUCCAUCCUCAGCAGAACAAUGGCGGCUUCGACAUGGGAAUGGGACAAGGAGCAAAUAUUUUAGGAUUUGGAGGUGAUCGUAGCUUUAAUUUAGCUGGUAACAGAGCUGGAUUUGCUUUGGGAUCUAAUAAUGGAGCUCUUGUCGGCGGACAACGUGUUGGAGUUGAUGGGGGAAUUGGUGGAGGACGUGAAGGUGUUGAAAUGGGAAGUCAGGUGCAAUUUGGAAAUGAGCCAAAUCCUGGUCAUCCAGCCGGACAGUUUGGAAGUUUUAUGGAUAAUGUCAAAAACUUUUUCUCAUUUUUGGGUCGUGGAAUGCCAAUGCCCCCUCAACAACCACCUCCAUCACCUCCAUUCUCAUUGGGAGUCACUCGUCCACCAACUUUAAUUGGUACUGAAAGAUCUGAAAGUGAAAAUGGAGGAAGACAUAGACCUCGCCCAUGGUUCCCAGAAGGUGAACAAAUUCCAGAAGUAACUGGAGAAAUGAGGCCAAAAGAAGGAGAAGCUGGAAUUUCUUCAUCAUCCUCUUCCUCUUCUGAAACUGAAUUCAUUGGGCCAAACAAUGGAGAAAUCCCCAGAAAAUCUGUCGAGUUCAGUAUCGAUAAAGAGCCAAGAGAGGAGUUCACUGAGGAUUUAUUCACGGCACAAACAAGUCGACCACGAGAGUUGCCAGGGCUUAUAGAGUUUGCCUAGAUUAUCUUAAUUCUCCCAUCUUUAUAUAUUUUCUCAAACAUUCCCUUACAUAGAUUUUCAUGACCUUUCUACGGGUUUUGUAAAUAUUUAAAUAGUUCUUGAUCUUUUACGCUGCCCUUUUUGAAUAAUUUAAGUUGAAUUGUCAAAAAAAUUGCAGAAUCACAGCUUUAUGAAUAAAUCUUUAUGACCAGCAACAAAA